AUGGGGUCGAUGAGCCCACGGGGGUCCCACUGGCGCAUGGGCUCCGCAGGCUCUAGGCCCCGGUCAGCAGAGUGCCCUUAUAAAGAGGGGAGGGGGAAAGGGGGAUGGGAAAGUUGGAAAGUCAAUAGAAUGUACAAAACCACGUUCGUAUGUACAGGAUGCAGGGAGUCUGCACGGCUUGAUUUCCUCUGUGCCUUGUCAUCUAUACGUGAGAAAACGUUCCGUGGAAACGUCAUCCGCAAGGCCUUUCAUGAGACCGGAUUAGCUCCAUAUCAACCUGAGGUUAUUUUGCAAAAACUCAAAAACGGGUAA